UUGCGCUGGGAGAUACCGGCGGAGCUGGGCAGCCUCUCCAACCUGAGCUCUCUGGACCUCUCCGACAACGCCUUGAGCGGGGAGAUACCGGAGUCGUUGGCAGCCUCUCAACCUGACAUUUCUGAGCCUCUACAGAACGAGUUGAGCGGGGAGAUACCGCCGGAGCUGGGCAGCCUCUCCAACCUGACAUUUCUGAACCUCAGUCGCAACGACUUGGGCGGGGAGAUACCGGCGGAGCUGGGCAGCCUCUCCAACCUUGGGUCGUUGUACCUCAUCGACACCGAUUUGAGCGGGUGCGUGCCAGGCAGUCUGGAAGACCAGUUGAGCCUUGACUACUCUGACCUUGGCGACCUGCCCUACUGCUCACAACGGGCCACCGCCGAGUCGGACACGCCAGCCUCCUCCGCACGGACGUCUUCCACGCCAAGGGCUGGAGAUGCGCCCACUGCCACCGAUGCGUCUGGACCUGCGGCUACCAGACCGCCUCUGCCCACCCUUGGGCCGACCUCUGCCGAAACAGACCGGGAGGCCCUGGUUGCCCUCUUUAACGCCACCGGCGGCCCAAAUUGGAAUAGCAGCGAUAACUGGCUGAGUGACGCGCCCUUGGGCGAAUGGUACGGCGUCGAAACUGACGGAAAUGGACGCGUAGCCGGUCUGGACCUCGACGAUAACGGGUUGAGCGGGGAGAUACCUCCGGAGUUGAACAGCCUCGCCGACCUGUUAAGACUGGAUCUCGGAUUUAACGGGUUGAGUGGAGAGAUACCGUCUGCGUUGGGCAGCCUUGCCAACUUGGAAGAACUGUGGCUCGGCGCGAACGGGUUGAGUGGGGAGAUACCGCCGGAGCUGGGCAGCCUCGCCAACCUGGAAGUGCUGACGCUCGGCGGGAACGACUUGAGUGGGGAGAUACCGCCGGAGCUGGGCAGCCUCGCCAAUCUGGAAGGUCUGUACCUCGGCAUCAACGGGUUUAGCGGGGAGAUACCGUCGGAGCUGGGCAGCCUCGCCAACCUGGAAGAGCUGUCGUUCUUCGGCAACGAGAUGAGCGGGGAGAUACCGCCGGAGCUGGGCAGCCUCUCCAGCCUGCUGGUGCUGGAUCUCGGCGGCAACGAGAUGAGCGGGGAGAUACCGCCGGAGCUGGGCAGCCUCUCCAACCUGGAAGGUCUGUCGCUCAGCGGGAACCAGUUGAGCGGGGAGAUACCGCCGGAGCUGGGCAGCCUUUCCAACCUGGAAGUGCUGGACCUCUACGGCAACCAGUUGAGCGGGUGCGUGCCUAGCAUCCUGGAAGACCAGUUGUCUUACUCUGACCUUGGCGACCUGCCCUUCUGCUGA